AUGGAGUCGAAUAUGAGUACCUACCGAGCAUCGGAAGACUCAUUGGUCGUCGGAAUGACGAUGCCUUCUCAACCCCCUGCUGGCACCGAGGAGCCCUUGGACCUCCUCGCCAUGGACAUGAAGAACCUGAUGAAGAAGAUCCGAGGCUUGAGCCAUCUCGGCAUCGAGGACAGCAAAAUAACCCUCCCGAAAAUUUGUGUAGUCGGUGACCAGAGCACCGGCAAAAGUUCUCUCAUCGAGGGCAUUUCCGAGAUCAAAGUCCCCCGGAACGCGGGAACUUGUACUCGUUGCCCUAUGGAGAUCAACUUAUCUGAGAGCAAGCCGGAUGAACCCUGGAAAUGUGUUGUGCACCUGUCCCGGCGCUACUUUUUCAACCCAGACAAAAAGGCGACCAAGAUCCCGAGCCGAUCAGAGCCCUUGGGCCCUUGGAUGCUCCAUGGCAAUCAAGAAGACGAACAUUUCAUCACUCUAAUGGAUAAAAAUGACGUUAAGGAUGCCAUCUCUUGGGCCCAGCUGGCAAUCCUCAACCCGAGCACAAACUCCCAGGACUAUGUCCCUGGUAAAAACGCAGGCACGCCUCAAACUACCCAGGUGAAAUUCUCCCCAAACCUUGUGCGCCUGGACAUCUCCGCCCCAAACUUUCCCAACCUGUCAUUCUACGACCUGCCCGGCGUGAUCAGUCAAGCUGAACACGACGACGAGCGUUACCUUGUCCGCCUUGUGGAGAACCUGGUGAAAGACUUCGUCUCCCAGAAGCAAUGCAUCGUGCUCCUUACUCUCACCAUGACCGACGAUGCCACCAACUCCAGCGCCGCGCGCAUCAUGCGAGAUAUUAAGGGCGCCAAGGAACGCACGCUUGGGGUUUUGACAAAGCCCGACCGACUGGCGGUAGGAGAAUCGUUCGAUCAGUGGUUUGAAAUAUUGUCAGGGCAAAAGUUCAACCUCGGUCACGGCUACUAUGUGGUCCGAAAUAACCCCAAUCCCGAAGUGGACCACUUCCAGGCUCGACUGGAGGAAGACCAGUUCUUUGGUAGCGAUAUCUGGAUACGCUAUCUGCCAGACUACCAGAGUCGCUUUGGAACGAAGAAACUGCAGGCUGCCCUCUCGACCCUUCUUUUGCAGCAAAUCCAAGGGUGUCUGCCAUCGAUCAUCGCCCAGAUUGAUGACAGAGCGAGCUGUGUCGACUCGGCCCUAAAAACGCUCCCCGAUCCCCCGAACGAGGAUGUGCAGAGGAUUUUGUUCGAACAGCGAUCGCUGUUUGGCGAGAGGAUCCGUGGCUUAGUUGAUGGAGGAUCUGGCAUGGACACCUUCUGCAAUCCUCUGCAGAAGUCGUGGAACCAUCUUGUUUCGGAUUUCCAGAAAGCCCUUGCUAUCACCCGCCCCACAGUGGUUGUUUCCGCGACAUCAGACAAAGACUAUCUUGCGGAAAAAGUUGACUCGGACUGCGACAUGGUGAUGCUUGGCUCUUCGCCCUGUCGGAAGCGGAAAGCCCCCGUGGACUCUGACUCCGCUGAUAUCAAACCGCCCCCAACGGUGGCUAAGAAACUGGGAUAUUCCACCCCUAUCUUUGAAAAUUGGGACCGUCCGGGGCGCCGGUUUACGCUAGAAGAGAUAAGAGGUAUCAAGGAGGACUCCUACCGUGCGGGGAUCCCCAACCAGAUCGACCCACGGGCGAUCGAAGCACUCAAUGGAAUGAGUGUUAAGCAUUGGGACGAUCUCAUGAAGACUUUUCUUGAGGCAUCGCACAAAGCCGUGCGGAAUAUGAUUUUCCAGACCCUGGACGAGGUCUUUACCUCGUACCGCCAAACAGGCUUGUACCGAGAACUUUGUCGGAUCGUUAACGUGUACAUGACCCGGCUCCAUGCCGAGCAUCUUCGUCACGGCAAAGAUAUCUACACGAUUGAGCACAGCAAGCCAUUCACCAUGGCCCAGGAACAGCACAAGAAGGCCAUGCGCGAAGCAUCAGCGAAUCUUCUCCGCGCUCGUCAAGUCGCUCGAGCAGGAUGCUACCUGGAACUUCGUGGGAUUGGACCCGACGAUGAAACACGGGCGUCGAAAAUCAAGAAGAUCACCCCUGCGGAACUGGGGCCGGAUCAGUAUUUGCAGGAGCUCGAGAUGAUGGCUAGCUCCCGCGGAUACUAUGAAAUCGCAAGUUCCCGUUUUCUGGACGUGAUUUGCCAAUCCGUCCACACCAAUCUUUUCUCGAAGUGUCGGGAUGAUUUGAUCCGCGCCAUCGACGAUGAAUUGCAGAUUUUCGGACCCAACGCUCUGGACCGAUGUCUUGAGCUCAUGGCAGAAGACCCGGACCGACAGCGCCGUCGAGCGGAGCUACUCCGAGAGCGGGAGAAGCUCACCAAGGCCCAGGAGUGGCUCGAUCCUUUGUGCAGGGACGAGGACGAAGAAACCUUGGACCACGAAGACUCGACGCAAGUGCCAAUCAAGUCUGUGGGGGAGUGGGACAGCAUUUUUGCUUGA